AACAGACAGCUUUACAUUUCCAAUUCAACAUGUCUGCCUCCUAGUGUUUGUUUCCGAUUGAAUUUUCCGGUUGUAUACGUUCAGCUGCAUAUCUGUUGCACACAUCUGUUGCACACAUUUAAUAAUUAUACUGAUUUCCCAAUGGUUCAUCUGGGCUAUGAGUGACACCGAGCUAGAUAAAAAGGAAACCGAAGAAAUGGCGGAAACGAAGAAGAGACGAGCUGGAGCAGGGUUUGCUAUGAUCGAGUUGAUAAGCCGACUGGUUUUGGCUGUGAUGACCAGAUUUUGGAAGCUCUGCAGCACGGCUCUACUAAUUAUCCUGCUGGUGUUUUGGUUCGAGGGAGGAAUGUUGGCGUCAUUUCUUCUUGUCAUGGCACUGUUAGGGUUGUUCUACAAUGCCCAGGACAUGCUUCUGUACCACCCGGACCAGCCUCCCCAUUCCAGGAUGUAUGUUGAGCUGCCUGGGAUACUCCAUCUUCCUUACGAGAAUCAUUUUGUGAAGACCCGAGAUGGCACUCAGAUCAACGUGGUGUUAGUGAAGCAAUCCCAUCUAGAUGUGCCAACUGUUGUCUUCUUUCAUGGAAAUGCAGGCAAUAUUGGACACAGGUUGAUGAAUGUCCUCGGCCUGUACUCAGCUUGUAAAUGUAAUAUAGCUAUGGUGGAAUAUCGGGGGUACGGAAAAAGUGAUGGAUCACCAUCAGAACAUGGGAUGUAUGAUGAUGCGGAAGCAGCCCUUGACUUCGUCCUCAACAGGAGCGAUAUAAAUAAACGGAAAAUAUUUAUAUUUGGACGUUCUCUAGGGGGAGCUGUUGCAAUAAACCUUGUUUCCAAGGCCUCCUAUAGCAACUUAGUAGCUGGACUGAUUGUAGAGAAUACAUUUACCUCACUGCCAGAUAUAGCAAGAGUUUUAUUUCGCUUCAAAAUAUUGGAUUAUUUACCGUUAUGGUGUUUCAAAAAUCAGUACCCGUCCAAGAAGAGGCUAAACAAAUCAUGUCUUCCCAUCCUUUUCCUGUCUGGUCUUGGAGAUCAGCUGAUUCCUCCACCGAUGAUGACAGAACUGUUUGAGAGUUCAAGCAGCCCUCUGAAGAGAAUCAGUCGGUUCCCUGGAGGGUCUCACAACGAGACCUGGAUGAGCCCUGGUUAUUAUGAAGCUUGGCAUAAUUUUCUCAAAGAGGUGUGCGAUCGUCCAGUACAUGACUCCGGCCACAGUAUAGCAGUUCACAUGGACAAGGGAGUAAAGGAUGUCUGAUGUAGGACUGAUUGUGAUGUAAAUAUGGCCGACAACUUUCACCGUGAAUAAUCUCAGCAGAGGAGGAUACAGGAUUUUGAAAAACGGGGAUGGGGUUUUGGUAUGCCUGCUGUAGCCAUGUCACACGGUGCAGUUUACAAGUAAAGUCACCAUAGAAAACGGUCCCCGGAUCCGUAGUGCUCAGUCUGAGUCAGUGAACAGAUCAGGCAGCAGAGACAGGCUGGAGACAUCUCAGCAGUAUGUUGUGUUUCUGUAUCCUCUUCCCUGUUCUGGGGCGACACAUUGAUCCUUGUGGGACGUCGGUCGAAAUGUCAUGAAUGUGUGUGGGGAUAUUUACUCAUAUUAUUAUACUAAAUGGUUGCUAUGACAGCUAUGAGAAAUGGGGUUGUGAAACAUCUGACUGUGCAAUUUCUUCACAAUACAUGAAUCUUCAUAUUUUAAUCA